AUGGUCACUUACAACCUCUGUGCCCUCCUGGUUUUCACCAUAACAGCUCGCUGUGGUCAUUCCUUUCAAGUCUUAGACAGCAAAGUGGGUGAGAUCAGGAGUUCUGCCUACUCCAGCUGGUCCUACCGCUUCGGCCCUACCUACGACUGCUGGAUCAUCAAGGGUUCGGAGGGAGAACCUAUCGUUCUCAGCUUUUCCCAGUUUUCUGCACGGUGUAAGAAAGAAUGGGUCUCUAUAAAAUCAUCGGCCGGGGGUGAGCCAGUUGUCCUUUGUGGCUCCAAGCUGCCACAGCCUGUGGAGUUCCCAGGGGGAAAUAUCACAGUGAUGCACCACUUCCUCCCACAUCUGUUCCCUGUGUCAUCGUUUUUGUUGAGCUAUGCCAGAGACACUGGUGAAUGCCCAGUGACAUCCUUUGAAUGCCCGGGAGGCCGGUGCCUUCCCCUCUCCUGGCGCUGUAAUGGUCAGGUGGAGUGUCUCAGUGAAGGUCCUGGCUUCGGCACUGAUGAACAGGAUUGCAGUGCUGAAGCGGAAACCACAGAAGCCCCAGAGGAUGCAAGCACACAGGUAGAAAAGACCAUAGGGGAGACGUAUAGAGAGAGAAACCAUGACAGGGACUUGGAGAGUCCUAAGGCCACAGACAAAACUCAGAUGUCAGAUAGGCUGGUCGAUUGGAAUUAUGACCGUGACCUGUUCGAGCUGUUGAAGGGGAGUGCUGAGGAGGAAGCCCAUGAGGAGAAGCCUCAGAAUCCUAAAGAACUUCUUGUCACACCCGCUCCUGUUGAGUGGCCCUGUGGAGGGCUCCUCCAGACCUUUUAUGGGACCUUCUCCCCUCCAGCCACUCGGGGUACUGCGCUGUACUGUGUCUGGACUCUGGACCCUCAGGACUCCAGGCCACUCAGACUGGACCUGCAACAGCUGCUACUGGGCCCUGGGGACAGACUCACCGUCUACAACAGAGAACAAGGCAAAGGAGACAUUAUCAAAGUUAUAACCAGCACUUCCAACUACAAAUUAGUCCAAGUUGAAUCUCAUACUGGCCUUCUGUCACUGGCAUAUGAGACACUUCCUGACUCAGUGGGGAGUGGCUUCAAUGCCACGUUCCAUGUCGGGAGCUACUGCCCUCCGUGGGAAGGUCGAUGUGGGGGAGCAGCAGGAGGUUGCUUUAACCAGGAGCAACGCUGUGACGGGAAAUGGGACUGUCCUGAGACUGGGAAGGAUGAGGAGGCAUGCAGGGGCUGCAGUCCAAACCAGUUUGCCUGCGGAGUCGCAGGACAGAGAGCAGCAGCAUCCAGCCACUUCCCUGGCAGGCCGAUAUGUUACCCAAUGACUGAGAGAUGCAACUACCAGCUGUACUGUGCCGAUGGUAGCGACGAGAGGGACUGCACUGUGUGCCAGCCUGGGACCUUUCACUGUGACAGUGACAGGUGUGUGUUUGAGAGCUGGCGCUGUGAUGGCCAGGUGGACUGUAAGGAUGGUACCGAUGAGCUCAACUGCACCGUCAUCCUGCCCCGCAAGGUCAUCACCGCGGCAACAAUGGGCAGCCUGGUCUGUGGGCUCCUGCUGGUCAUCGCCAUGGGCUGCACCUGUAAACUGUACUCACUCAGGACCAGGGAGUACAGUAUGUUUGCUCCGAUCAGCCGCCAGGAAGCGGAGCUGAUCCAGCAGCAGGCUCCUCCGUCCUACGGUCAGCUCAUUGCCCAGGGCAUCAUUCCCCCAGUGGAGGACUUCCCUACAGAGAACCCCAAUGAGACCUCGUCUCUUUCUCUGAGGGGAAUUCUCCAGCUCCUCCGUCAGGAUGCCACCAGCUCCCCACAUCGCAGACGCAGGCCUCGAUUCAUGCGCCGGGCUGUUCGCCGCAUGAGAAGAGCCUCGCCCUCUUCCUCCUCCGCCAACUCCAUGCCCCUCUCCGCAUCCCCGUCUUUCUCCUCGUCCUCUUCAGAUGAUGAGGUGCUGCUUAUCCCCCUGUCUGAAGACACCGCUUCAGAGGACGAUGUGCCCAUGCUCACCUGA